AUGGUGGCCGAAGGAUCUUUUAAGAGACACGUGUUAAUGAUAGACAAUUACGAUUCUUUUACUUGGAAUCUAUAUCAGUACCUUCACCAGUCGGAUAAAUGUGGUAGAGUUGAUGUUUACCGAAAUGACAAAAUAGACAUUAAGACUAUUGAGAAUGAGAUCAAACCCGAUAUAAUUUUCAUUUCUCCAGGCCCAGGGCAUCCUAUAACGGAUUCUGGUAUAUCGAGCGAUAUCAUUAGACAUUUCAAAGGUCAAUUGCCAAUUUUUGGAGUUUGUAUGGGUCAAGAAUGUAUAUUUCAUGUUUUUGGUGGUGAUGUUUCGUAUGCAGGGGAAAUCGUGCACGGAAAGACUACAACCAUUAAACAUGAUGGCAAGGGUAUUUUCGAAGACGUACCGCAAUCUGUUGCUGUAACCCGGUACCACUCUCUUGCUGGAAGUGAGAAGACAUUGCCUGAUUGCUUAGAAAUCACAGCGGUCACAGAAACAAAACCCAAUGUUAUUAUGGGAGUUAGGCAUAAACUGUACACCAUUGAAGCAGUGCAGUUUCAUCCAGAGUCUAUAUUAACAGAGUCUGGUCAGAUAAUGAUUGACAAUCUAUUGGGAGUAUAUGGUGGCACUUGGGAGGAGAAUAAGGCAUACAAACUGCAUCACUCUUGCCCAACGAAAUCUUGUGUUUCAACAUUUGGUAAAAAUGAAAGUAUACUAAAUGUGAUAUACAAAAAGAGGCAGAAGGACUAUGAGCAAAUAGAAAAGUUACCCGGUCGCUCUUUUGAGAAUUUGGAAAUCGCUUUGUCCUUGGGAGUUACCCCACCUGUUAUCAAUUUUUAUGAACGGUUAAAGUAUACUCAGAACAGUUUGAAGCAGACAGUGAUUUUGUCAGAGUUUAAAAGAGCCAGCCCUUCUAAAGGUGAUAUAAAUGUGAAUGCUCAUGCUGGAACUCAAGCUUUGACCUAUGCGAUUCAUGGUUGCUCGGCCAUUUCAGUUUUGACUGAACCAACUUGGUUUAAGGGAUCGCUUGAGGAUUUGCUGUUGAUCCGUCAAGUUAUAGAUGGAAAAAAGACAAAAGAACUUGAAAAUUAUAGACGGCCAGCGGUUUUGAGAAAAGAGUUUGUUUUCAGUAAAUAUCAAAUCUUGGAGGCUAGAUUAGCUGGUGCCGAUACAGUUCUUUUAAUUGUCAAAAUGUUGAAUGAUCAAAAUUUAUUGCAAGAGUUGUAUACUUACUCACUAGAUUUGGGUAUGGUACCACUAGUUGAAGUAAAUGAUGGUCCCGAGUUGGAUAAAGCAUUAACAUUGACGUACAAUGGAUACACAAAGGAGCCAUUAAUCAUUGGAGUUAAUAACCGUAACUUGGCCAAUUUCAACGUGGAUUUGAAAACUACCAGUCUGUUGGUGAAUCAUGCAAAAAGUGCCGAUAACGGAAGAGAGGGCGAUGUCUUGAUUUUGGCUUUGUCCGGAAUAACGACAGUAGAUGAUGUUAAGAAAUACAAAUAUGAAGAUAACGUUGAUGGUUUCUUGAUUGGGGAAAGCUUAAUGAGAGCGGAAGCUGAAAAUAGGGCUGGAGAAUUUCUCCACGAUCUCUGUAAUUGUUAA